AGAAGCAUGUGGGGAUUCUGACUCAACGAAGUUCAGUCUUCGUUUGACACUCGAGAGUCGUGAAGCUCAGUAGCGCGUUUUUUCUCAACGAAGUUACUUUCACAAUCAAUGAAGAAGUACGAAUACUAGUGAAACUUAAACGUGCAUUUUCUCAGUCAAUUAAAUGGAAUUCAAUUCCUGUUUAGGUGCUCACAGUAUGUAGGUACUGUACGGACUGAUAAGACGAGCCGCAGAAUUGUGUGAUAAGGCACAACGCAAGACUGCGACGAUAUUUUUAAUCUACGCCACAUUGUUCUUGAGGAUAAGAACUGGUACGAGAAGAUAAAAAAGAAAAAAAACCAAAAGUAUCCUCAUGUGCCUCGGCAGAGAUAAAACUGGAGAAAGCAAAGAAAUGUCUCGGAACAGACCCAUCAAAAUCACUGCAGUGGGCGACGGAAUGGUCGGCAAAACCUGCAUGCUCAUUACCUACACAAGGAAAAUAUUUCCAACAGAAUACGUCCCCACCGUGUUCGACAAUUACCCAGAAAAGAUAAUGCUCGAUGGGAACGAAUAUAACGUGACAUUAUGGGACACAGCAGGUCAGGAAGAUUACGAAAGGCUCAGGCCCUUAUCCUAUCCACAUACUGACUGCUUCCUGCUUUGCUUCUCGGUUAGUGCCCGCAGUUCAUACGAGAAUGUGUUCAGUAAAUGGCAUCCGGAGAUAAAGCACCACUGUCCCAACGUCCCGAUAGUCCUUGUGGGAACAAAAACCGACCUGAGAAGUGAAGAGAAUUCGGAUUUAAUAACGACACACGAGGGGAAGAAAAUGAAGAAGAAAAUCAAAGCCUACAAGUAUGUGGAGUGUUCAGCUAUGAAACAGGAAGGUCUUAAGGAAGUUUUUACAGAAGCCAUAAAAGCAGUCUUAAAAUCAUCAUCUUCAAGAAAAUUUUGCUGCAUAUAGUGGAACGAAAUUAGAAAAAAAAAAACAAGAAAAUUUUCACGUUUCUUUCAAUCCUUAGUGAAAAAUCGUGAAGAUUGUAAGAACUUUCGAGAUUAGGAUUUUACCGACUCUGCAUAAAGCUAUAAAUUAUACACCAGUUGUAUGAAUCAGUAGCUUUCUACUCGCAAGUGCCUCAUUGCCCUCGCAUCACACAUCGAACUUAUUAUAUACUCGUGUAAAUAAUUAAUAUGAUAUUUUAUACUAUAUUAAAGUAUUGUGUAAAGAAGUAUUGAAAUAAAUAAGUGAAAUCAUAUUGUUAACAUAAACAAC